AUGAAUGGCCACCUGGAAGCAGAGGAACAGCUGGAUCAGAGCCUGGACCAGGAGCUGACCUGGAGUCAGGGCCCUGGGCCCAGAAGUGCCCUGGACAAGGCCAAAGUCAUGGCCCCGCCAGCCCCACAUCAGGCUGCCAGCACCCCACUGAUGCAUGGCGAGUUUGGCUCCUACCCAGCCCGGGGCCCACGCUUUGCCCUGACCCUCACGGCACAGGCCCUGCAUAUCCAGAGGCUGCGUCCUAACCCCUUGGACUCCUCUGCCUACUUCUGCAUCUACGCCUAUCCGAGGGGCCGGCGGGGGGCACGGCGCAGAACCACACGCACCUUCCGGGUCGAUGGGGCUGCAGCCUAUGAGGAGAACCGGGCUGAAGCCCAGCGCUGGGCCAUCACCCUCACGUGCCUGCUGCGUGAGCUGCCGCUACCUGCAGAUGGGGAGAUUACCGCUGAGCUGCUGCCCAGGCCGCCCCGCUUGCUCCUAUUGGUCAACCCCUUUGGGGGGCGGGGCCUGGCUUGGCAGUGGUGUAAGAACCACGUGCUGCCCAUGAUCUCCGAAGCGGGGCUGUCCUUCAAUCUCAUACAGACAGAACGGCCGAACCACGCCCGAGAGCUGGUGCAGGGGCUGAGCCUGAGCGAGUGGGAUGGCAUCGUCACGGUCUCCGGAGACGGGCUGCUCUACGAGGUGCUGAAUGGGCUCCUUGCUCGCCCCGACUGGGAGGAAGCUGUGAAGAUGCCCGUGGGCGUCCUCCCUUGUGGCUCGGGCAACGCGCUGGCCGCAGUGGUCAACCAGCAUGGGGGGUUUGAGCCAGCCUUGGGCCUUGACCUGCUGCUCAACUGCUCCCUCCUGCUGUGCCGGGGCGGCAGUCACCCGCUGGACCUGCUCUCCGUGACGCUGGCCUCGGGCUCCCGCUGUUUCUCCUUCCUGGCCGUGGCCUGGGGCUUCGUGUCAGACGUGGACAUCCACAGCGAGCGCUUCCGGGCCCUGGGCAGUGCCCGCUUCACCCUGGGCACGGUGCUGGGCCUGGCCACACUACAUACCUACCGCGGGCGCCUCUCCUACCUCCCAGCCACAGGGGAACCUGCUUCCCCCACGCCCCAGGGGCUGCCCCGGGCCAAGUCAGAGCUGACCCUCACCCCCGAGCCAGUGCCCCCUGUGGCCCACUCACCCCUGCAUCGCUCAGUUUCUGACCUGCCCCUGCCCCUGCCGCAGUCCGCCUUGACCUCCCCUGGUUCACCUGAUCCCCUCCCCGUUCUGUCUCUCAAUGGUGGUGGUCCAGAGCUGGCUGGAGACUGGGGCGGGGCUGGAGAUGUGCCACUGUCCCCAGACCCACUGCUCCCUCCAUCCCCCAGAUCAGCCAUUCACUCACCCAUCACUAAGGCGUCCCCAGAAAUGCCAACACCCUCUGAGCCCUCACCACCCCACCCUGAUGCUCCAGCAGCUCCCUCCACCUGGGGACCACCUGACCACCUGCUGCCUCCCCUGGGGACCCCGCUGCCCCCAGGCUGGGUGACAAUGGAGGAGGACUUUGUGCUUAUGUUGGCCAUCUCGCCCAGCCACCUGGGCGCUGACAUGGUGGCAGCCCCGCACGCUCGCUUUGACGAUGGCCUGGUGCACCUGUGCUGGGUGCGUGGUGGCAUCUCACGGGCCACCCUACUGCGCCUUUUUCUGGCCAUGGAGCGAGGCAGUCACUUCAGUCUGGGCUGUCCCCAGCUGGGCUACGCCGCGGCCCGUGCCUUCCGCCUGGAGCCACUCACGCCACGCGGCGUGCUCACGGUGGACGGCGAGCAGGUGGAGUACGGGCCGGUGCAGGCGCAGAUACAUCCGGGCCUCGGCACCCUUCUCACGGGCCCGCCGAGCCGCACCGGUGCCCUGGGCCUGGCCCGUUCUCAGGAUUGCACCGCCUCCCGGGACCAGACGGGGAACGUGGUGGCGGUGGUGGCGACAGGAUCGGCCCCGACGGAUCGCCAGCCUGCAGGGAGGCCUGGAUUUCCAGGGGGCUGCUGGCUGGGAUCGCUGAAACUUAAAGGGCGUGCCCCGAAAGUAGUGCCUGACCGGGGCCUGUGGACCCGGCGUCUGCGCUCUGGCCCGCCCUUGGGGGCGUGGCCCCGCCCAGACCACGCCUCUGCUUCCGACUCAGAACGCUCGUGCGGCCGAGGGCGGGGCUUGGCCAACGCGCCGCCCAAUGACGGAGCCUGA